AUGCUCCGGGUGUGGUCGCUCGCUCAAAAGGCUCAGGCGCCAUGUCGCCACAUACACACUAGCGUACCCGCACCAGCUGCUGCAGCGCAGGCUGCCAGCACUUCGACGUCGAGCAAAUGGUCGCCCACGUCGGUCCGCACCGGUGUGCUCGCGCGCAAGCGCGGCAUGACUUCCAUCUGGGAUAGCUUUGGCCAGCGUGUACCCGUCACUGUGUUCCAGCUCGAGAAUUGCCAAGUGACGGCGAACAUCAAGACCGUGCGGAGGGACAAGAGCGAGUACCACGCCGUCCAGCUGGCUGGCUCGGACCGUUCCGAGAAGAACACGACGGCGCAGAUGUUGGGGCACUUUGAGAAGGCGGGCGUUGCGCCGAAACGGAUAGUGAAGGAGUUCGAGGUCACGCCGGACGCGCACUUGCCAAUAGGCACGACUCUUGCUGCUGCACAUUUUGUACCGGGGCAGUAUGUGGACGUGACUGCGAACACUAUCGGAAAGGGUACGCAGGGUGGAAUGAAGCGCUGGGGUUUCAAGGGUCUCCGUGCAAGUCACGGUGUCUCCAUCUCUCAUCGGUCUGCCGGUUCUACUGGUGGUCACCAAGACCCCGGUCGCGUGUGGCCCGGCAAGAAGAUGGCCGGAAAGAUGGGCAACAAGAGGAGAACAGCCCAGAAUCUCUACGUCGUCCGCAUCGACAACGCGCUCGACCUCAUCUUCGUCAAGGGCUGCGUCCCCGGUGUCGACGACGCCCACGUCAUGAUCCGCGACGCGCGCAAGAAGCUCCAAGCCCUCGGCGCACACGCGCAGGCGAAGGGCCUGUACGAGAAGGUCCUGCCCCGCGCUGUUGAUGAUUUGCCUUUCCCGGCCGGCACGAAGGAGCUCGCUGCCACAUUACCGGAGAUCGUGGAGGCGCCGUCUGUGCGCAUUACCGACCCGUUCGUUCCUGCUACCAGUUAA